GUUGACAUUUGAUAUUUUUACAUAACCUCACUUUUWUCUCAGACAAAUGUGCGUGAAUUAUUACGUUUUAAUUAAUUUUUUAUAAGAAUUAACAUUUUACACGAUGGGGAAGAAACGAAACGAAUUUUCCCACCUUACGGUUGAAGAAAAAAAGGUGAUAACAGUGGCCGAAAUCGUUCAGUUACUCAUAAAAGCUCAAGAUGAGAAACGCGACGUAAAUCUCAACGCUUUAAAAACCCGAAUUUCUUCAAAAUAUAGUCUCGGGACUUCGCCCCGUCUUGUUGACAUUAUAGCUGCAGUCCCGAUGAACUACCGGAAGACUUUAGUACCGAAACUACUAGCAAAACCGAUCAGGACUGCGAGUGGGAUUGCAGUUGUGGCGGUGAUGUGUAAGCCGCACAGAUGCCCCCAUAUUAACAUGACUGGCAAUAUUUGUGUCUACUGUCCUGGGGGCCCCGAUUCUGAUUUUGAAUAUUCAACUCAGAGUUACACAGGGUACGAACCAACGUCAAUGAGGGCUAUAAGGGCCAGAUAUGAUCCCUAUUUACAAACCAGACAUAGAGUGGAGCAGUUGAAACAAUUAGGGCAUUCUGUGGAUAAAGUUGAGUUUAUUGUAAUGGGGGGCACGUUUAUGAGCCUCCCAGAGGACUACAGGGAUUAUUUCAUUAGGAAUUUGCAUGAUGCGUUGUCUGGRCAUAAAAGUAGUUCUGUUGAAGAGGCUGUUAAAUAUUCUGAAAGGUCUAACACUAAGUGUAUUGGGAUUACGAUUGAGACAAGGCCGGAUUAUUGCCUGCAGAAGCAUUUGUCUGAUAUGUUGAAAUAUGGAUGCACAAGACUUGAAAUAGGUGUUCAGUCUGUUUAUGAAGACGUAGCAAGGGAUACCAACCGUGGUCACACUGUUAAAGCGGUCUGUGAAACAUUUAAUUUGGCAAAAGAUGCAGGCUACAAGGUUGUAGCACACAUGAUGCCUGAUUUGCCAAAUGUUGAUCUGGAGCGUGACAUCGAGCAGUUUAUUGAAUUUUUCGAAAAUCCUAAUUUCAGAGCAGAUGGUUUAAAAAUUUAUCCCACUUUGGUAAUCCGCGGAACUGGCCUUUACGAAUUGUGGAAGACCGGUCGUUAUAAAAGUUAUCCUCCUUCAGUUCUUGUUGAUUUGAUUGCAAACGUAUUGGCUUUGGUGCCACCGUGGACCAGGGUGUAUAGAGUCCAACGCGAUAUUCCCAUGCCUCUUGUUAGUUCAGGGGUCGAGCAUGGAAACCUUCGUGAAUUAGCCUUGCAAAGAAUGAAAGAUUUGGGUUUGAAAUGUCGUGACGUUCGAACUCGCGAAGUUGGAAUAACAGAAAUACACGAAAAAGUACGACCCAACGAUGUUGAAUUGAUCAGAAGGGAUUAUUACGCAAAUGGGGGUUGGGAGACGUUUUUAAGUUACGAGGACCCGGAGCAAGACAUUCUAAUUGGUCUCUUACGGUUGCGCAAAUGCUCCCAAGAGACGACUUAUCGUCCCGAACUCAUCGGCGAAUGUUCAAUAGUUCGUGAACUCCAUGUUUAUGGAAGUGUGGUUCCCGUUAGCGGUCGUAAUGUCAAAAAAUUCCAGCAUCAGGGUUAUGGCACUCUCCUGAUGGAAAAAGCCGAAGAUAUUGCGAUAAAAGAGCACAAAUCUAACAAAAUCGCGGUCAUUUCUGGGGUCGGGACAAGGAAUUAUUACCGGAAGUUGGGAUACGAGCUCGAGGGGCCUUACAUGGUGAAGUCUUUAAAGCCCAAAUUGUACAAAAGUGUAUUUAGUUGUGUUGAUGGUGAGCCAUUGCAGAAAAGUACCGAGUGUUAUGAAAGAAAAAAGUGGACACUUGAUGAUAAUGAGUGGUUGGAUCAAUUUGACAAGGAAAAUUCUUGAAUAAAACAAGUUGUUAUAAGAGAUUAGGUUGUCCUUUU